AUGCCGUCGUCCUGGCGCGACGUCGAUCGCGCGCGGAUCGGCGUCGACGCGCGGGCGAUCGCGAGUCGUCGACGGCGACGAGAGGGCGUCGAGACGCGACGGUCGUUGAAGGAUGAUUCUGAAACGCGUACGAAAACGCUCGAUGCGAACGACGGAGACGUCGUGAAGGCGAACGCGAUGCAGGAAGACGCGCGGUUGAUGACGACGGAGGACGCGCAGCGAUUGAUGGCGACGGAACACGGGGAAGCGACGAUCGAAGGGCUGCGGGACGCGGCGGAGCGCGCGAGGCGCGGCGCCGAGGCGGAUGACUCGAGACGAAAGAUGCUCGCGGCGGAGUGCUUGCCGGCGUAUCUCGCGGGGGUGGAUGCGGCGGCGGACGCGCGCGAGGCGCUCGUGCGGGCGAGAGAGGAGGGGGAGGAUGGAUUCGGCGCGGCGCGCGAGUUGGAGGCGCGAUGCGAGCGCGCUUCGCGACUCGCCAGGGAUGGACUGCGAGAGGUUUUCGAGCUCGAGGAACGACGUGGGAAACUUGAGCGAGCUUUGGAGACGCUAGAGCGGCGGAGGGACGUGUUUGGGAUCCCAGGGGUGGUUCGCGAGGCGUUGGCGCGGGGCGAAUACGAGAACGCGGCGGACGAGCGCGGACGAGCUACGGCGGCACUCGAGGGCUCGGCGAAGGAUUCAGCGGUUUUGCGAGCGGUUCUCGAUGAUGUUGAGAACGCUUUCUCGAGUGCGGCCGAGCAUCUAUUCGAGCGCCUGUACGUGGGGGAGUUGAACGACGAUGAGGCAGAGCAAACAGUUAUAGCUCUGCAGACUCUCGGCGUGUCGACGAGCGAGACCUACGUCGGAGACGCGCCGAUGGUGUACGUAGACCGGCUAGUGGAGUGGGCGUGUGAAGAUCUCGCCAACGUAGAGUCAACGAUCGAAGACGACGACGUAGAAGUGUUGGGUAGAGCGUGCCGCGCAAACUUCAUGCGCGCGUGGCGAUUCGCUGAGCUUACGGGAGCUACGAGAUCACCUCGCGAGCGUCACGCAUUGGACAAAAUUCAGCUCGCAUACGUGAAUAUAGUCAAAUCAAGGUUCGACGCGGCGCUGAACACGCGCACCAUCGCUUCUGAGUCGCGCUCAACGCGUCGAUUUGACCGGUUGCUUGAAAAAUGCUCAAAGAUGACUCGCAUUGGCUUGUCGCUAUCACGCACGUACGAUGUGCUUCACACGCGACUUGAGCUGAAACCGUGCGCAUUUGAAGCGAUGUUUCAGCAACACAUGCGAUGUAGUGUCAGCAUACGCGUGCACUUGGAGCAAGCUCUCAAGAUAGCGAGUCAAAACAUCGUUGAUGGAGACCAUCAUGUCAAAGUCGUACGAGGCUUCUUCCGAGAUGACGCUCGCGCCGUCUUUGAAAUCGCGGCGAGAUAUUGGCAGCAUAAAUCCUUGACGCAUCAGAUGAUAAAGUCGGGAUCGCGCGACUUGUCAACGCUAGUAGACGCGUUUUACGCAUCGGCUUCGUCACUCUUGAUUACGGAACGCCGAGAAGUUCUUCGUGACCUGCGAUUCGCUAUGGAUUUAAGAGACGAGUUCGACGCUCUUUGCGAAUCGGCCAUGAUCGACAUUGUCCAUGUGGGCGAUCCGAUCGUACGCAUGGCGUUCGUCGACGCAUCAAAGAGGUCUGUAGAUGCACUGCGCACGGAGUUUGUUGACGCUACAGUGAACGAGCUCGUUGCGCUAAGUCAGAAGUGGUUGAGGGCACCCGCGGACUCGAGCGUGAUCGAUUCACGACGAGAGUGCAUCGAUGUCAUCUCCGCGAUCGCGCGCGCGCACGAGGCGGCCAUGCGGGAGACUCCGAGAGUCGCUCUCGAGCUCGCUCAAGCCAUCAUACUGAGACUCGUUGACGCAGUUCGUCGCGACUUUGCGGAACAUCUCCUCGCGUUUCGACCUGUGAUGCGGCAUCUUCGACUCGAAUUUGAUCUAUUUCGGCUCGCCCUGGAUUCGCUCUCGCCGAAGCCGGCGCGUGAGGGAACUGCGCGGCUCGUCGAUUUGGUAUCGCGCGUCGCCGGCUCCUGCGAAGACACCAUCGCUCGAUCCAGCUCCAUCGAGCGCGACGCCGCGACGCACGCCGAACUCAUUAGUAAAUUAGCCAUCUAG